CUAAAUAGAUAAAUAAAUAAAUAUGCUAUAUGGAAAUAGCACAAUGAAACUUUGAGCUCACAUUACAAAUGUUUGUUUACUUUGGAGAAAACCUUUCAAAAGAUAAAGGGAUGGGAGACCUCCUGAGUGCAACCCCCAAUCCUGCCAGAAACAAAAGAAAAACAAGGAAGGCCAAGCACUGAGCCAUUGACUGUAGCCAGUCAUUGCUGAGGGAGAGGAGUUAUGCAGCUCAUAGUGCUGGAAGCUGAGGGUUCACAGCUGGGCUGCGAGGGUCUGGUGCCACCUUAUAGCAUAGCAGAAAUGUGGAGCUGCCUGGCACCUUCAGAACACACAGAGCACUGGAGCUGGGGUUCCUCCACUACAAACAACCCUGUCUUGAGACAACAAACCCGUGCUGUCAGAGCAGCAUUAAUCCCAGCCUGAUUUCCUGUUCUGAGGAUCAAAUCUAGGGGCUUUCACCUGCAGAGCAAAUGCUCUGUCACUGAGCCACAUCCCCCAGCCCCCAGCAACCCCUUGUGGGAGGCUUCACCCUGACUUUCUGGGAUUCAUAGCAAUUUCUUUCUUCCCCAGCAUGGCUUCUACAGGCAGACUCCGUUAUCGCUCAGGUGGCCUGUUUGAUUUCAGCCACAUCUCUCUAGAAGAUUCCAAUAUGGAAGCAAUCAGAAACAUGACAGCUCGCCCCAAUCUUUCCCAGGCAGCCCUGGGGCACAGCAGAUUCCUCAAAAGAAACCCCAGUGGGGCCCCUCAGUGUCUUCCUGGUGCCCCAGGCCGGGCGCCCAGGGCCAUCAGCUCCACAGCCCGAACCAAUGCUGUGCUUACCAAGCUGGCCCACGUGGAGAGCAAGAUCCGGAGCAGGAGGCCGGUGCCUGCCAGCCCGCCCCAUGUGGACUCCAACCACAAGAGCACCUCUGAUGGCCUGUCCUACAGAAGCUUCCAGAAGGAAGCCCAAGACACAGGGCCCCUUGGCCAGAGUAAAGCGCAGAGCGGGGGAGGAAGCAGGUUCCUGAAGACCAGGGUGCCCCCCGCCCCGAGUGUACCCCCGUGCCCCGUAUUGGGGACAGAGGGUGGCCCCCGGCUCCCUCUGCACACGGAACCUGCCAGAAGACUUGACCCCCUGGACAGUGACGAGGAGGAAAUGAAGGAGUUGUUGGGGAGCUUGAUAGAAUCUUCCAGACAUGAAGAAAUGUGGACAAACGACAGCCUGGCUGGGCCUAAGGAGGGUGAGACCCUGCGUGGGCCUGCAGUGCGCGCGUUGUCCAGCCCUGAGCCUUCUGCGCCCCUUGACGGCAGCCACUCCACCGCUUGCUCCACCGCUUGCUCCACACGCACGAAUCUCAUCUUGGGGGACCCGGUGUCCCCUACAUUCUCAUCUUCAGAGCCCUUGUCCUUGGAGGUGAGGCCUCUCCAACUUGCAUCUCUGCCUACUAGCAGUGAGGUGGGGCCCUGCAGCGAGCUGGGGUCCGAAGCUGCCACCACUGCCAGCCUCAACGACUUCAGAGUCAACAUCCUAUUCCUAGAGGACCUGGUCCCAGCCGCUGGUGACAAGUCUGCCCAGGGACAGAAUGGAGAAGGUGCUGGUGGAGGGCCGCAGGCCCAGCCCUGGGGCUCCCCGUUCCAGGGCACUGCCAGCCCUGUGGUGGGCGAUGAGAGCCAGGUGUCGGAGCAGCUGGGCGCCAGCGCGGCAUCCGAGCCCCACACGGACCCUGUGGCCAGCGAAGCCUAUUCGGAGGAUUUCGAGCGCUCCCCGAGUUCCAGCACCUCUGAGCCCACGCUCCCCAACACGCUGGAUGCCCCGUCGGAGCUGUCCUCCAGCCCAGGCUCUGAUCCGCUCUCCAGGCUGGGGCCAGGGGCCGGGGCCACCACGCGGGGCCUGCUGAAGGAGGCAGCUGUGCAGACGCUGGAGCCCGCCCUUUCCUACCAGUGGAGCAGAGGGCCUGGGGAGGCAACCAUAGGGCCGGGCUUGGGUGGUGCCUAUGUGGACCCAGUGCCCAUUGCCAGUCAUGUGGUCAGUGCGGAUGCCCUGGAAGCCCUGACAGCCUACAGCCCCACGGUGUUGGUGCUCAACGAGCUACUGAAGCAGCAGCUUGGCCUGACGCAGCAGUUUAUCGAGGCCAGCCGCCACCUCCACACCUCCCUUCUGCAGUCCCUGGACAGCGACUCCUUCCACUACCAUACUCUGGAGGAAGCCAAGGAGUAUAUCAAGUGCCACAAGCCAGCACCACUGACCCUGGACGCCGCCUUGCGGGAGGUGACAGAGGAGCUGCGGGGCCCAGUGGGCGCUGAGACCACUAGAUGAUGGGGAAGCUGUGCACAGGUGCCACGGCCCCCAGCAAGACGGAGCCCAGGGCCCUGUUCCAGUGGGCCAGGGAGACGGCUUGGGGCGCUUUGUCAAAGCGCCUGGAACCUGGUCUUCUCACAUGCUGUCACCUGCAUGGAAUAAACUCUGUUACAAAAAGGCUUUAUUUGGAGGUGAAACAGUAAAAUCCACAAGAAACUC